CCAAAAGAAGCUCGUUUUUUGAGGUUGCUUUUUAUCCCGCCGGGGCGCUGAUUGUUUCUCUUUCACUCGAUCGACUCAUUUGCGUCGGUUUGGACGUCACGAGGGGGGGGGGGGGGGUUCAACUUAUAAAAAAAACGAUCCCGCAGACAUUUUGUUAUUUCUGAUAUUUUUUUUUUCAUUUCUCAUUUAAUUAAUUUUCAUACUUUUUCUCCAUCCGCGUAAUCCGCGACUGGUUAAAAGCGAGCGAACUGAACGUCACAAAAAGCGAAGGAGGAAACCAUUACACAGCCCCCCUCCCCUCUCGCCUCCCCCUUCCCCCGCCCCCGCACACCAGCUAAAUCCAAACACCGCGGUGUGCAUAACGUUCGUAAUUUACAUGCGUUGAGCUCGCGCAUCGCACGGCGCGUAGAGGCGGAAGGCUCGAUGGAUCAUUUUGACUGACAGCUCGUGAGGAGUUAGCUUAGCUUAGCCAGCGACGAAGCAGCGCUGCCGGGUUGCUUUUUUCUUCCUUCUUCUUCUUCUUCUUCUUCUCGCUGUUCGCGGACACGGAAAAAUACGGGUUCGGGACGGGUACCGCUGAAUGGUCGUACGAGACACCCGACUCUUUCACAGCGAAAAACACGUCAAAGUACCGCUUGUAUUUGGCAUAAUUGUUUGGUCUCUUUUUUUUAAGAGAGGGGGUGUUGGGGGGUUACUAGCCACCGUUAGCUAGUCAUUCUGCUAACGCUGGACGGCUCCUCUGCGGCUGGGCUAGCUUUGGACAAAGGACCAACGCAAGGAAAAAUAUAAACACGGAGCACUUAGUUGAUCGUGUUCAGGAAGGCAAGCAACAAACCAGGAAUUGACAUGAUGUUUCCACAAUCAAGACACUCAGCUUCAUCGCAGCAGCUGAAAUUCACAACCUCUGACUCCUGUGACAGGAUCAAGGACGAGUUCCAGUUCCUCCAAGCACAAUACCACAGUUUGAAGCUGGAGUGUGACAAGUUGGCCAGUGAGAAGUCAGAGAUGCAGCGCCAUUACAUCAUGUACUACGAGAUGUCCUACGGGCUCAACAUUGAGAUGCACAAACAGGCUGAGAUCGUGAAGAGAUUGAAUGGAAUCUGCGCACAAGUCCUCCCCUACCUGUCUCAGGAGCAGCAGCUCCAGGCUCACCAGCUGUCUCAGCUCCAGGGCCUGGCCCUGCCCAUGACCCCCCUGCCGCUGGGCCUGAGCCAGCCAAGCCUCCCCGCCGUCACCACCUCCUCCGGCCUCUUCUCCCUCUCCUCCCUGCUGGCCUCCCAAGCCCAGCUGGCCAAGGAGGAGAAGGCCUCUCGCGAAGGAGUCGACAGCCACCGCGAGGAGGACGGAGACAAGUCAGAUUAGACGGGGGUCCCCAUUCAGCUGCGCUUUUUUUUUUUUUUUGUCCAGAGACCUGAAUCCCUAGAUCUGAGCCCCACCCCCCCUCCUCACCCUCCCCUUUGGCCUACAGCCUCUCCCCUGGUCUCCCUCCCUCCCUCUUUGACCUUAGCUAUUACGGGCUUCAAUCCCAUCAACACAGCUCCAGCUUCAGACCCCUUAACCAACUCCCUUUUAUUGGGAGGGCUUUGGCCCCGCCCCCUUACGCCAGACUAGUCUGAUUGCUCCAUAUUUACAGCGCACAGGUUGUUUCUCUAUUGUCCCUUCUCUCUCUCUCUCUCUCUCAUCAUCGGGGGGGUCUCCUGGGUCUUUUCGGUUUAAUGACUCUUCUCUGCAUGUUAUAAAGCUUCAGUUAGCUUAUGUUUUUUUUUCCCCCCAUCAGUACUGCUUUCUAUUUUGGUUCCUUCCUGCUCUCUGUUCUUAUUCCUGUUUAGUUUCUAGUUGAUUUUUUUUUUUCUUCUUCACAAAUCUUCUCCUCCACUCGCCCCUGUUCUAAGCUGGUCCUUGUUAUUCAGGACUGAUCUGUGACACUGAUCGCACCGCAGGCUAAACAUUCUUUGGCAAGCUGUAAUACUCUUCAGACACAACACAGGACUCCUAAGAACCUCAUUUCCCCCCCCCCCCCCCCCCCCGACAAAGAGGUCCGACAGAGGGCCGCAGGGUUGAUGUCUUUUGCCGGCACCGAUUGCAUGCAUUCAUUCCAAGCUACAGCUUGGCUUUGGGUUUAACUGGUGGAUUGUUAUGGAUCAGAGAAGUGGCCCCUUUUAAAGGGAGAACCGACGACGGCGAACACGCUCCCCAUCCAGAAAGAAAGCAAAAAUCGUUAUAUUGGGCAUAUGUCUCCGAACCAGAAAUUCUGAAUUCACCUUAAAGAAACCGCACCUCGGUAGAGCUUCCUGCUGUCGUUGAGGUAGUUAACAAAGUAACCCCCCCCCCCCCAUGAGGUGCCUGUCGGGUGUGACACAUCCCACCCGCACCUCAACGGAACACAACGUCUCCCUGCAGGCCGUUAAGUGAGCAGAGAUGCUGCUCGACUCCUGUAGCGUCUCCACCACCCUCUGCAGCUUUGAUGUGCGCCACGGCACCCUGGAGGGGGUGGAGGGGGGUGGUGCGGGUGUGUGUGCGUGCGUGUGUGUGUGCGCGUGCGAGCAUGUUUAGUGUUCGUCAGCAGAGGGCAGUGUGUGUCUUCCUCCUUGAUGGGUUCAGAGCAAAAGAAAAACACCAAAACAUGAAUCUCCUGCAGCCGAGCUUUGGAUCCGUCUAAUUUCUGAUUUUGAAAACGGUACAUUUUUGAUUGGCGGCACAGGUCCGUCAUGCGGGGCGAACACUACAGUAUUCACGCUCUCUGAUUCAACGGCUACACUGUGACAAUGAACUGACGUGUGAAAAUAAACUAUUUCGCUCUAUUCGGGGGAGAAACGCCGCUCCACACGGUCUUUGGCUUAAUAAAGCACAUGUUUAUUGUUAGAGAUUCACAAAGGAAACAAAUUUAAAACAAAUUUCCACGUUAUGGCACAAGAGUAACGCUUUUUUGUUUAGUCCCAAAGCUCAGACGACAAGCAACGUUGUUGCCGUGGUUACUUCGGUGAUAUUCGUUCCACACGCAAACACAUUUUUCUUAACUUUUUAAAGAACGUUUGGUCCAAACUUUUCCGCUAUCGAUGCACUUGUUUUGUUUUUCCCCUCCUUUUUAUUUUGGAAAUAUGAAUCAAUACGAACUUCAAGAGUUACAAAGCUGACGUCCUAAACAUACAAAUGAAAUCCCAUGUAUUUGUUGAAGUAGUUGGAGGCGCUUGUUCUACAUAGAAAGCUGUAUGUGUAUAUAGCUGCAUCUUUUCUUGUCUGUCCUGGAUGAUUUCUUGUGCUGUUGUGUUACAAAAACUGAUGUGACACCGGUGGGGGAGGGGACUGCAGUACGUUGACCUUUGACCCCCCCCCCCCUUCUCUCCUCUCUAACCCCUGUGCCCUCUUCUCCCACGCCACAUCCCACCUUCCCGACUUUUUGCCCCUAUAGCGUGAUGCAUUGUAAGCGUUUUGAGCUUUGUAAAGGUCUUUUUUUAAAUACUUAUUUUGUGCAUAAUGUAAAACCUGAAAGUGUGUACUUUGGCAAAAAAAAAAUGUUUUGUGUCUGAAAUCAUAGCUUCAUUGAAACAACAAAAAAAAUAUCCUAUUAAAAAGUACAACAAACAUUUACUAUAAAUAAUAUGAAAUGUUCUGCAGUAAGGAAGGACUUCUGGUGCCUUACAAAUAAAGUCAAUCAAAUCAAAAGUCUUCUGACUCUUUUUGAAUGUCUGCUUGGUAGUUAGAAGGCUGUUAUUGUGACUGACUGAAUAGUUAUAUUUGAUUCCUGUAAAAGCAUUUUUCUGUAAUAUUCAUUUCUUGAUUGAAUAUUUUUCAUUAUUGGUCAAACCGUUUGGCUGAAAAGUAUCUUUUUCCUCAACCAACCCUAUGUAGUGGUUGGAAACAUUAUGGGAUUACUGUUUUUGUUCUAUGUAAUUCAUUAUGUUUUAGGAAGAAAUGGAAGUCUUGUGUGUCCCGAAGUCUCAACAAUGUAAGAUAAGAAAAAUCCUCAAACUACAAGCUGCACGUUCAAGAAUUUAGAAUCAAUAAAGUUGAAUAUCAAAGAUG